AUGAUGAUUUAUCCUGAGAAUUUUACUCACUCCAUUAGCUCCCCAUCAGUGACCACGGAACGCAUCAUGUCUUCUACGAAGCCAGAACCGACUCCUACGUCUUCAGAGACCUCUGAGGAAAGUAUCGAGAAUGAGAAUGUCUUGAAGAGAGUUGGCAGCCUCCCCUUGGUGUGCUCUGUCUGCGACUUGGUUUCUUCAAACUACACCUCCAUCAAGAGAAAAAGCUCCUACCUUCAGACAGUGUGUGGCGGGGCAGAGAAAGGCAUGAAGACCAUCACAGGAGCUGCCAUCAACAAAGCACAGCCAAUUCUGACUACAUUUGAACCUCAGAUUGCAACAGCAAACAGGUAUGCCUGUCGGGGCUUAGAUACAAUGGAAGAGAAGAUGCCCAUCCUUCAACAGACGGCUGAUCAGGUUGUCUGUGGUACGAAGGAGAUGAUGUCUUCUAAAGUCACAUGUGCAAAGAGCGCCAUGACCCGCAGGCUAUCGGGGAUGGUUGACAUGACCAGAGACGCUGUCCAGGGUAGCGUGAGGACCACAACCUCCAUGGUGACUGGUAGUAUGAGCCUGUUGAUGGGGACGAGAGUUGGCCAGAUAGCCAAGACCGGCGUGGACACCGUGCUGGGCAGGUCCCAUGCAUUUAUAGAUCACUAUCUCCUGGUUGCCGAUGAAGAUAUGGAUGAGAUUCGGCCAUGUCCUGAAUGUGGAGUGGGGGAUUCUGGGGAGGAAGUGCAGGCGCAGAUCAGGUGUGAAGGGUACGUGGUCUGCUUGCUUUCCUUGCUGAACAAAUUCCAACACUACGCUUCGAGGCAGUCUCAGCGCCGCAUCAGCCACACGUGCCAGAGCCUCCAAAAGGUCACGGAAAACUGCUAUGCGGAAUGGAAGGCUUGGCUUGCCGCCUUGUACUAUACGGUCACACUCCCGCUGAGGACCAUCUACCUGAUCAUCCUCUUCAGUGUGGAAGAAUUAUCCUCCCAGGUUCAAGAGAACGUCCCCCAGGUCUCUUACGCCCUCGAAGAACUCAAGAUGGCCCUCUCCGCCCUGGAAUGCCUGCAGGAUCUCUGCCGAAGAAUCUUCACCCGAGUGUGGGAGAGAAUGUCCGAGGAGGAAAACCUGAACGCGCUUCUCAACUACGUGUCACAAUCCCUGCCCUUUUGCUUCUUCACAAACAGCUGCAGAUGCAGGACCUGCCCGGGCAGCGCCAUAAGGGCCCUCAAGAUCGCACGGAGCGGGCAGGCGUCUCGAGGCACCCUUCCUGGGCAGCAGGGAUCCAGGAUCAGCUUCCAGGCAACAACAACCCCAACCACCUGA